UUGGACAUGACCUGACCAACGCUGACGGAAUAGACGGACGAUAAUUGAAUUGCUGAAAUGGAGAUGGUAUAUAAAGAUGGCAAUUCAAGUCGAGCUCAAUUGCGGUUCCAUCUCAUCAGUCAAGACAUCCAUCAAGAGCGCAUUCGUCAAUUCAGUCAACUAUUUCACUUAUAUCUGAGCAUUGAUUAUUUUUCUCAAGCGACCAUCCUUCAUCAUGACCACCAAUUCCUUCGGUACCGCCCUACCCCGAUUCGACUUCCCACCACCAGAGCCACCAGUGAUUUCAAGAUUUGCCAGAGUGGCCAAAGUGUUUCCUCUCGCUGCCUUCGCAACAACUGGCGUCGCUGCAUGGUACUACAUCAAUACGACCAAUCAGAAAACUCUAGUCUCCGCAAACCCUUUCCCUGGAGCGGCUGCAAUGCAUAUCAGCCAAGCACCGCAGAGUCAACCCCUGACACAACGCACAGAGCCCAAAGUCGACAGGGCAUGGAAACCUUUCAGCUAGCGAAAUGAUUGUGUUGGCAGAAGGGGUCGCGGGAAUUUAUGAGACAUCAGCACAUCAUUUCGUAUUGCUUUUCAAUUUCUGUUCUGUCCGUCUUUUUCUUUUCGGGUUAAUAUUGCAUUGCUUUUGCGGACCAAGUGUCACAUCUGGUUCGGAUUGUAACCAUGGGCUGGGAGUAAGAUACUUAUUUAGAGGCUGGGAACAUGGCGAAUUAGUACAUAGUGGCGUUUCUAGUCUCGAAAUAUAUAUUUCUGGUCCUUUGCUAUUA